CCUUCCUUUGCCUCCUCAACGGUCAUAUCUCACGACAUACUCCAACGGUCAUAUUCCCAUCAAAAUCCCAACCGUCUAAUCUCAAUCCAACGCCUCUACCUUCAUCAGUUCCCCUCCCGAAUUUCACUACUACCCAUCAGUAAUAAAAGCACCCCAAAUGACGGUCAACAAAGUAGCUUUGAUAGGGACAGCUAUGGAAGAUACACAAUGAUUUUACAUUCAAAAAGAAGUAACUGAAGAUAUGGAAUUCAUGGUGAAUGAUUCAAUUUCUGAAUUGGGUUCUUCGAUUCAUCACAAUUUCAGCUGCCAAUUUCAAGAUCAAGUAUGUUUCUUCACUUCUUUUGAUUUUGUUCCCAUGAAUCUUCAUUAAUAAUCUUGGAAUCCGAUGAUUUUUAGGCUUUUUUAGUUUAUUAUUGAUUGAUUAUUUGAUUGAUUGUUCAUAUAUUUUAGGUAAUUGAAACUUAAUUUCAUUCAUCUAUUCAUUGCACAUAUAAUAUUUGAUUUGUAGAGACUAGUAGAGACUAGAAACACACAAAUUUCUCAUGUUUUUUCUCUCUUUUACUCAUCGGAUUCCCUUUGAUUUUUUUUUUCCUUGGAAUUCAACACACACUCACAAUUAGAAAUAUAUAAUCUAUUUUUUCUGAUAUUCUUUUGAUUUGAGGAAUUUGUUCAUAUACAAAUCAUAUAGUGCAGAGUAUUGUUUCUGAAUUGUGAUUGUUAAACUGCAUAUAUAUAUAUAUAUAUAUAGUACUUGGUUUGAGAUUUUAGAACAGAGAUUAUCAGAAAAUUAGAGUGUGUGAGAGGAAAAAAGAGAACAAAUUGGAAGAAGGUUAGAAGAUAAGAAUGUUGGCUGGGUGUUCUUCAACAUUGUUGUCACCAAGGCAUAGAUUAAGGAGUGAAGCAUCAGCACAAUUUCAAGCUUGCCAUUAUCCAUUACCUUCAAUGAGCACACAGAGAUUGGAUUUACCCUGCAAUUUCCCAAGAAAAGAAGUUUCUCGUCAGCAAUCGAUUCGUACUCCGGUGGGUUUAUCUGUCGAGAAACCGCUCGAAACGAAGACAUUGAAGCAAAGCAUUCGGGUUCCAUCAUCGCCAGAGGGAAGAAGAGAGAUCAAGACUGAGUUUUGGAGGGGAAAAGGCAAGAACUUGAAGAGGAGAUUAACUGAUCAAGGGUCUUUUGAUGAAGAUGAUGAUGAUGUUGGGAGAGCUAAAAGGAAGAAAAACAGCUAUGAUUUUGGAGAUUCUGAUGGAUUUUCUCCUAAAAGGGAAGAAGAAAGGGUGUGUUUUGCUCCUUCUGAUGUUAUUUCUCCUCCACCAUUAUUACACAAUCCUUGGGUUGAAACUGAUGGUACUGAGAUUACUGAAUAUGGUGGAGAAAAAGAUGGUGAGCCUAGUCAUGGGCCUGUUACUACUACAGCUUCUGGGUCUAGUUCAUCUUCAGAGAGUCACAGCUUGGGUCUUAGGCUGAAUGAGAACAUUUCUGAGCAUGGAUUUGGAAAUGGGUCAAUGAACCCUAACCCCGGUGAUGGUUCCAGGGCUGUUCUGACCCACAACAAUGAUGGUGAGAUCGAGCAACAAGCGUUCGAGCUAGUCAGCUUUCUUAUGAGCUGUGUUGAAGCUAUUGGAUCAAGGAAUAUUCCGGGUAUCAAUCAUUUUAUUGCCAAGUUGGGCGAGCAAGCUUCUCCGAGGGGUUGGUCUACAAUUAGCCGACUCACAGCUUACUUCACUGAAGCAUUAGCCUUGAGGGUAACGAGGUUAUGGCCUCGAGUUUUUCAUAUAAGUGUUCCAAGGGAGCUUGAUCGAUUCGAUGAUGAAUCGGGUGCAGCUGCAUUGAGGCUUUUGAAUCAGAUCAGUCCGAUUCCUAAGUUCGUUCACUUCACUGCUAACGCGAUGUUAUUGAGAGCGUUUGAAGGCAAGGAUAAGGUGCAUAUUAUAGACUUUGAUAUCAAGCAAGGGCUACAAUGGCCCGGCUUUUUUCAAAGUUUAGCGGCAAUGCAUAAUCCUCCGAGUCAUGUUCGGAUCACUGGGAUAGGAGAGUCGAAGCAAGAAUUAGUUGAGACGGGAGAUAGGUUGGCUAGCUUUGCCGAUGCAUUUAAUCUGCCUUUUGAAUUUCACCCGGUUGUUGAUCGAUUGGAGGAUGUAAGGUUAUGGAUGCUCCACGUAAAGGAAGGCGAAAGCGUGGCAGUGAAUUGCAUAUUUCAGCUCCACAAAACUCUAUACGACUCUAACAAUGCAGUGUUUAGAGAUUUCAUGGGUCUAAUUCGAAGCACUAACCCAAUAGCUUUGGUUAUGGCCGAGCAAGAAGCUGAUCACAACGAAUCCACAUUGGACAUGCGGGUUUGUAAUUCCUUACGUUACUACUCAGCUAUAUUCGAUUCCAUCGAUGCUAGCCUUCCAUUUGAUAGUCCAGCAAGGGUGAAGAUCGAGGAAAUGUUUGGGCGUGAAAUUAGGAACAUAGUUGCUUGUGAAGGGAGCGACAGGAUCGAAAGGCACGAAAAAUUUGGGUCUUGGAAAACGAGGAUCGAGCAAGAAGGGUUCCGGUGUAUGAACACUAACGAAAGAGAGGUAUUUCAAACCCAAAUGCUGUUGAAGAUGUAUUCAAACGAGAGCUACAUUGUUGAACAACAAGGGAAUGAAGCAAUUACAUUGAGAUGGAUGGAUCAGCCGCUUUAUACUGUCUCUUCGUGGGCUUAUAUUGAUGCUGGUGCAGGGACUUCUUCGGGUUAUUCUCAGCCGAUUUGAUCAGCUUGCGGAUGAAUUUUGCGCGACAGUAUAGGAAAUACAGUUACAGAAGAUUGAAUUCUUUGUAGGUGUAGAGGGAUUCUUUGAUUCUUUUAUGCAGAUAAAAUUAUUUUUUUUGGUGAUCAGCCAGGAUUCAGUUCUACAGGAUAUUGUUAGUUUUUUCUUUACUUAUUAUACAGAUUUGUGAUUGGUUCUUUUAGGCUAGCUAAAUUGUGAAGCAUAGUUAAUUCAUUAAUCAAUUCUUUGUGUAAUCAAUUCUUUGUAGUAUGUAUUCAGGAUCCAUAUUUAUUAGUCCAUUCAUUUGUUCGUUAUUCAGAAUUAUAUGGAAUAAAAUUCGAUCUUUAUUGAGGUUUUUUUCAA